AUGGAUACAAAUAUUUCAACUCCAACUAUUGAAGGCCAUAAUAAAUACUUUUGUAACCAAGAGUCACCUCAUUAUGAUCCAGGAAUUUAUGAGUUGCUGUGUAAUAAUGCUGAAAAAUGUGAACUAAACAUUUCUCGGAAAGCAUUAACUCUUCUUCCGAGAGAUUUAUUUCAUGGCCUCGAGAAUCUUCAGCUUAAAAAAUUAGAUAUAAGUGGUAACAAGCUAAGAGAACUACCAAAAGACAUCUUCAAACCUCUUGAUGAUCUUCGUGAGUUACGAAUAGAGUCCAACGAACUAAGAUAUCUAGAGCCGAGUAUUUUCUAUGAUUUAUUACAACUCACAAAACUUGAUCUCAGCGACAACAAACUGAAAGCAUUAUCAAAAGAUAUAUUUAAUGGUCUACAAAAUCUACAAAAACUAUGGUUAGAUUCAAACAAACUGAGUUAUCUUGAGCUAGGUAUUUUUGAUGAUUUAUUAAGCCUACAUGCUCUUAAUAUCAACAAAAACAAUCUCACAUUUUUAUUGAAAGAUAUAUUUAGUAGCUUGCAAAAGCUUGGUUAUCUUGAUUUAAGCUCCAAUAAACUACAAGAUCUCGAGCCAGGGUGCUUCAAUGGUUUAAGGCUACUCAAGACACUUAUUAUCAGCGACAACAGUCUGACAACAUUAUCCAAAAGUGUGUUUGAUGGUCUGCAAAAUCUUGACGAAAUAUAUUUGGAUUGUAACAAUCUACAAUAUCUCGAGCCACGGUGCUUCAAUGGUUUAAGGCUACUCAAGACACUUAUUACCAGCGUCAACAGUCUGACAACAUUAUCCAAAGGUGUGUUUGAUGGUCUUGAAAACCUUGAGAAACUAUAUUUGGAUUCAAACAAUCUACAGUAUCUCGAGGCAGGGUGCUUCAAUGGUUUAAGGCUACUCAAGACACUUAUUAUCAGCGACAACAGUCUGACAACAUUAUCCAAAGGUGUGUUUGAUGGUCUUGAAAACCUUGAGAAACUAGAUUUGGAUACAAACAAUCUGCAGAAUCUCAGCUCAGGGUGCUUUAAUGGUUUAUCACGACUUAGAAAUCUUAAUAUCAGCGAGAACAGUCUGACAACAUUAUCAGAAGGUGUGUUUGAUGGUCUUCAAAAUCUUACGGAACUAAGGUUGGAUUCAAACAAACUACAAAAUCUCGAGUCAGGGUGCUUUAAUGGUUUAUCACGACUUGAACGACUUAAUAUCAGCUACAACAGUCUGACAACAUUAUCCAAAAGUGUGUUUGAUGGUCUUCAAAAUCUUGAAACACUAUAUUUGGAUUCAAACAAUCUACAAUAUCUCGAGCCAGGGUGCUUCAAUGGUUUAUCGGAACUUGAAGCGCUGAGUAUCACAAACAACAGUCUAACAACAUUAUCCAAAGGUGUGUUCAAUGGUCUUGAAUAUCUUGUUAUACUAAAUUUGGAUUCAAACAAACUGCAGAAUCUCGAGUCAGGUUCGUUCGAUGGUUUAUCGAAACUUGAGUGGCUUUAUAUCAGGUACAACAGUCUGACAACAUUAUCCAAAGGUGUGUUUGAUGGUCUUCAAAAUCUUACGGGACUAACGUUGGAUUCAAACAAUCUGCAGAAUCUUGAGUCAGGUUGUUUCGAUGGUUUAACAAAACUCAAGAGGCUUAGUAUCCUAAACAACAGUCUGACAACAUUAUCCAAAGGUGUGUUUGAUGGUCUUCAAAAUCUUACGGGACUAACGUUGGAUUCAAACAAUCUGCAGAAUCUCGAGUCAGGUUUUUUCGAUGGUUUAUCUAAACUUAAGUGGCUUAGUAUCCCAAACAACAGUCUGACAACAUUAUCCAAGGGUGUGUUUGAUGGUCUUCAUAAUCUUGAAGAAAUAUAUUUGGGUUCAAACAAACUACAAAAUCUCGAGUCAGGUUGUUUCGUUGGUUUGACAAAACUCAAGAAGCUUAGUAUCCCAAACAACAGUCUGACAACAUUAUCCAAAGGUGUGUUUGAUGGUCUUCAAAAUCUUGAGAAACUAUAUUUGGAUUCAAACAAGCUACAAAAUCUUGAGUCAGGUUGUUUCGAUGGUUUAACAAAACUCAAGUUACUUAUUAUCAGUCGCAACAGUCUGACAACAUUAUCCAAAGGUGUGUUUGAUGGUCUUCAAAAUCUUACAGAAAUAAGGUUGGAUUCAAACGAACUACAAUAUCUCGAGUCAGGGUGCUUUAAUGGUUUAUCACGACUUGAACGACUUAAUAUCAGCUACAACAGUCUGACAACAUUAUCCAAAGGUGUGUUCGAUGGUCUUGAAAUCCUUGAGAAACUAUAUUUGGACUCUAGCAAGCUACAAAAUCUCGAGUCAGGUUGUUUUGAUGGUUUAACACAAUUUAAGUUGCUUAGUAUCAUAAACAACAGUCUGACAUCAUUACCCAAAGGUGCAGGUUUCAGAAUUUUACAAAGCUCUGAUGAACUAGAAUAA